AUGGGCUGGUUUUGGGCAGAUUCGAGGGAAGUUGGUGCUGGUGCUGGUGCGGGGACGGCGACGGCGACGGCGACGGCCAAUAUAUCGCUUUGCCCAGUGAUGGCCCGUGACGAUGGGAAAGAUGCUCAAAACGGAGGUGGUGCUCUGAACCCGUUCAACCACCUCCCAGAUAUAUCUCCAACGGAGAGAGACCCGGCUCAGAAACUUGCCUUGCCGACAGACAGAACCGUAUCGACUAUUCCGAAGGGAUCGGACCCAGAGAAAAAAUGGGAGUACCCUUCCCCUCAGCAGAUGUACAACGCAAUGAUCAGAAAGGGCAAGAUCGACCCGAACACGGGGGAGGAGAUACCCGAGGAUGCAGUCGAGGCAAUGGUGGCUGUUCAUAACUUCCUCAACGAGAGUUGUUGGAAUGAAAUACUGAGGUGGGAGCACGAUUACACAGACGUAAGUAAAGAGACGCCAAAACUUCUGAGGUUCAUUGGGAAACCAGGGCAACUCUCACCAAGGGCAAGAAUGCACUACUACCUUAGCUACUUGGCCCCCUCGUAUUUCCAAAGAGAAUUGCCCUUCGACAGACACGACUGGGUCGUCCUGAGGAAGGACCCUCACGUUCACACGGCAGAUCACCCCGGGUACAGACAGAUACGGUACGUGCUCGAUUUUUACGGGGGACCAGACGAUCCAGUCACUGGGAUGCCUACUUUCUCAGUAGACGUUAGACCCGGGCUGGACAACCUAACGAACGCUAGGGACAGAUUCCGUCAAUUCACUAAACCAAUUUGGGAUAAGUACUUUUGA